AUGCAUCUCGCAAUUACCAAGCAGAAGUUCAAAAUCGCGUACGAUUGUGCAGCAUCGACAUUCAGGCGUCCAGCGGAUGCUCCGCGACGCUCAGGAGUACCGCAUGCGAUUGUCAACUACACGAUCUCGGACGGUGUGGCUACACUCGAGCAGUGGCACAACCGGACAGGACACACAUAUGUUCAGUAG